AUGCUGGAUCAUACGCUGUCUAGAAUAAAGGGGCUGCGAGAGCACGCCCACCCUCUUGCCGGCUGCGGCGGACGGGGGUGGGGAGGGGGGAGGGCGGAGAGGAAGGGCGCGGCCCCCGUCCGGGCAGCCGGCGACCGCGCGACCCGCUGCGGACCGGGCCCCGCCAGCCGCCCGCGGCCCCAGCUGGCCCCAGCUGAUUGCGGGCACGUGACACCGCGGGCCAAUCGGGAGGGGCCGACCGAGCGCGGCGCGGCCUCCUCCCGCACCACAAACACGGGCCGGAAACAGCUGAGCGGGCGGCGGCGCGGGGUCCUGGCCGGCCCGCCGCAGCCCGGGACGCCCGACGGCCGCCCAACAGCCCCACCCCGAUCUCCUCCAGGACGGCGGGGCCGCAAGCUCACUCCUGGGGCCAGCCCCGGCGCUGGGACCCGCCCAGAGGGGUCGAAGGCGGCCGUGCUAGGACCCCAAGGGGAGCGCGGCGAGGAAGAGGCACUUCCUGCCUCUGUCCCCCUCUUCAGGCCGAUUCCCGAAUGCUUCGAAGCCGUCGACCCGGAGGGCUCCUCAGCCUCCACCGGGUUCCGAGCCCAGCCCCCGCCGACCGCACUCACCCCGAGCGGCUGUGAGAUCCGCGGCCGCUGGCGGCUCUUCGCUCCUCAACUGGGAUGAAGCCCCUCGGCCACCCGAGUCUCCAGCCAAUCAAAGAGGCUAACUCUGCCCCUUCUCGGGAAGCGACCAAUGUGAAGAGGCUUAGGAUCCGCCUCCUUCCCAGCUGAGAGCACACAACACAGCAUCCACGUGAGUCAGCUUCUUAAAGGAGAAGGUUCUGCCUUUCUAAUUGCGGCAGCUGUAGGACAUCGCGCGUCAUCAGCGUCACCAGGUGGUGGCUAAGGCCUAGCUUUUUGAGGCCGAGAGACGACAAAUGAAAACAACAGGCUGUUUUUCUAGUCAAAGCAGGUACCUAGAUAGUUAAAACGUACCGUGUAA